GUGUCAAAUUUAAUUAGUUUCUAGAAUCUGGUGUAACUAUUAAUCAAACAUCAAAAUAAAAUCUUAAAAAAAUAUAAUAUUCACUACUAUUUUUGAGACAACAUGGUUCGAAUUACAACAGUCCUUUCCCGUAUACCUGUAAUUAAAUUCCGCAAGGGCGGCGUUGGUCAAUCAGCAGGCGGAUCAACAAUUCAUGCCUCUGCACAGCAAGCUGCUGCACCCCAAUCUCAAGCACAGCCAACUGCAGCAAUGAGUACAGGCCCUAUACUGGACAUUGACCUUCCAGCUCGUUACAGAAGACGACCACUAUCACAGGAAGAGAUUGACUAUAUCAAUGGCGGUGGAAUUGUUUAGUCCCUCUACUUAAAAUGAACUUGUAGAUACAGUUUUUAAAAGUAGAUUUACAAUAAUAAUGUAUUAUCAUAUUUAAUAAUGUUGGUGUUAUUUAAAGUUAUUAAUUUUGUUGCUAAUUUACCUAUCUAAAGAAUAUUUUUUAAGUAAUU